AUCUGCCUCUCCUACAGUCUUCUGUGCUCUUUGCUUACAGGGGAACCUGCAAAAUUGGCACCAGCACCUUGGGGCUGUCUGCACCCAGUGGGAGGGCUGAGUCAGCGGGUGAGACGGCAGGGUCUGGCGCCCACCGCGCUUCCGAGUGCGAGCGUGUGCGUGUUCUUGGCAAGCACCAGCCGGCAUCUAGGAGCACGGGAGGCAUCUCCGUGACAUGAGGCAUCGCUGCAGCCCUGCCUGCCGGCUCCCGGAGAUGCUGCUGGCUGCCUUGCACUCGCUCGCAUGACCCGGCAGAGGAUGGAGGUGACUGGCAGCCUGUGGGCCAAGGAGCCUUCGCCGGAGCCAGGAGAACAACAGCCGCAAAAACGAGAAUUACAAACGCCCUCACGCUGAGUGCAGUGCGUGCACUGGGCCUGCUCCUGGAUCCAGGGGCUCCCGUGCCGCCACGGCCAGCGCCUCCCUCACGGGACUUUGUGCCGAGAUGCUCGCCCCACCUUCCUGCGAGCUCCCGGCGCAGAUGCCUCGGGUCCUGGCAGACGGCCGUGCCCCUGCCGCUGCGUGCUGAGGGACCUCGUGCGUGGGGAGUGGAGAGGGGGCCCAGCCGGCGUCCGGACUCCAGCCCCCGAGGCAGCACGGCUGCUGCCAGCAGCCUGCCCGGCAGAUCCAGUGCCACGGGCAGCCGCUAACACCUUCUGUCUCCGGGCACGGAGCCUGCGCGGGGCUGGCCCGGGACUGCUCGUCGCUGUCCGCAGCGGGGCCCUGAGGGCCGACAUGUGACUCCUGGCCCGCCGGGGUCGCGAGGGGUCUGGCUGCCGCAGCAGGGUUCCGGUGGGCACAGAGACCCUCUGCGGGCUGGCGAGACCCACCGUGGUGGCACCCAGAGGAUGCCGGCGUCCUGUCUGCCAGCCCCACUCCAUGCUGCUGCCCAGGGGAUGGGGCUCUUGGGCUUCUCGUGGACCCUGUCGCUUCUGCUCUGUGCCCUGGAGCGGCCGAGGGCCCUGGCCGUGCACGCGGACGCAGCGAGCCCUGGCCUGGAGCCCGUGGGGGACAACGUGCUGCUGGUGGGCGGCCGCGUGAAGCGUGGCUGGGUGUGGAACCAGUUCUUCGUGGUCGAGGAGUACACGGGCACGGAGCCGCUGUACGUGGGGAAGAUCCACUCGGACUCAGACGAGGGGGACGGCUCCAUCAAGUACACAAUCUCCGGGGAAGGCGCAGGCACCAUCUUCCUCAUCGACGAGGUCACGGGCGACAUCCAUGCUACCGAGCGUCUGGACCGGGAGCAGAAGACGUUUUACACGCUGCGGGCUCAGGCCCGGGACCGCCAAACCGACCAGCUGCUGGAGCCCGAGUCCGAGUUCAUCAUCAAGGUGCAGGACAUCAAUGACAGCGAGCCCCGCUUCCUGGAGGGGCCCUACAUCGGCAGCGUGGCCGAGCUGUCGCCCAUAGGUACGUCUGUGAUGCAGGUGAUGGCCUCGGACGCCGAUGACCCCACGUAUGGCAGCAGUGCCAGGGUGGUGUACAGCGUGCUGGACGGCGAGCAGCACUUCACGGUGGACAGCAAGACAGGCGUGAUCCGCACGGCGGUGGCUGACCUGGACCGCGAGACGCAGGACCGGUACGAGGUGGUGAUCCGCGCCACGGACAUGGCGGGGCAGCUGGGCGGCCUGUCGGGAUCCACCACCGUGACCAUUGUCAUCACGGACGUCAACGACAACCCCCCACGGUUCCCACAGAAGAUGUACCAGUUCAGUGUGGCAGAGACGGCGCCCACGGGCACGGCAGUUGGGAGGGUCAAGGCGGAGGAUGCCGACGUGGGGGAGAACACCGACAUGAUGUACCAGAUCAAGGACGAGGAGGGUGUGGAGCUAUUUAGGGUCACCACCGACAGCAACACCCAGGAGGCCGUGGUCCUCGUGCAGAAGCCGCUGGACUACGAGUCGAAGCGGGUGCACACGGUGGUGGUGGAGGCCCUCAACAAGUUCGUGGACCCACGGUUCGUGGACCUGGGCACCUUCCGGGACCAGACCAUCGUGCGCGUGUCCGUGCUGGACGUGGACGAGCCCCCUGAGUUCCGGCCGCCCUCCGGCCUGAUGGAGGUGCAGGAGGACGCCCGCGUUGGCUCCGUGGUGGGCGUCGUCACUGCGCUGGACCCCGACACCGCCAACAGCCCUGUUCGGUAUGCCAUCGACCGCAGCAGUGACCUGGAGAGGAUCUUUGACAUCGAUGCCAACACCGGUGCCAUCAUGACUGGCAAGGUGCUGGACCGCGAGACGGCCGGCUGGCACAACAUCACGGUGCUGGCCAUGGAAGCAGACAACCACUCCCAGGUGUCCAGAGCAUCUCUCCGUAUCCGCAUCCUGGAUGUGAACGACAACCCGCCCGAGCUGGCCACCCCGUACGAGGCCGCUGUGUGUGAGGACGCCAAGCCUGGCCAGCUGAUUCAGACGAUCAGCGUUGUGGACCGGGACGAGCCACAGAGCGGCCAUCGCUUCUACUUCACGCUGGUGCCGGAAGCCACCAACAACCGCCACUUCUCACUGCUGGAUGUGCAGGACAACACGGCCGCAGUGCACACGCAGCGAGUGGGCUUCAACCGCCAGGAGCAAGACGUCUACCUGCUCCCCAUCCUGGUGGUGGACAGCGGCCCGCCGGCACUGAGCAGCACAGGCACGCUGACUAUCCGGGUGUGUGGCUGCGACAGCGCUGGCGCCAUCCAGUCCUGCAACAGCACUGCCUAUGCCAUGACAGCCACGCUGAGCCCCGGCGCCCUCAUCGCCCUCCUGGUCUGCAUCCUCAUCCUGGUCGUGCUGGUCCUGCUGAUCCUCACCCUGAAGCGCCAUCACAAGAGCCACCUGGCAUCAGAGGAGGACGAGGACAUGAGGGACAAUGUCAUCAAGUACAAUGAUGAGGGGGGCGGGGAGCAGGACACCGAGGCCUAUGACAUGUCGGCCCUGCGCAGCCUCUACGACUUCAGCGAGAUCAAGGGGGGGGACGGUGGGGGUGGCACAGGUGACGGUGGCCUGAGCAGCAGCCUGGCCUCUGAGCUGCAUGCCCUCCCGCAGUGGGUCCAGAGCCCGGACCUGGACUUCUCCAUGUUCAGAGACUACAUCAGCAAGAAGGUGGAGCAGGCGGACGAAGACCCGUCGGUGCCGCCCUACGACUCCUUCCAGACCUAUGCCUUCGAGGGCGCGGACUCGCCCGUCCCGUCCCUGAGCUCCAUCAACACCUGGUCCACCAGCUCGGAGCAGGACUUCUCCUACCUGGGCAGCUGGGGGCCGCGCUUCCGGCAGCUGGCCACGCUCUACGCCGGGCACCGGGGCGAGGAGGAGGGCGAGGAGUCCUAGCCACGCCGGACUGCCCAGCCGCACCGAGACCGGGAGCGCCCCCGGAGCUGGGGGCUGCUGCAGGCGCAGGCUCCGGCGGACGAUGUGCCAGCCGGAGCGCGGGGCCCGGCCGCGGCACCAGGAGGCCGAGGCGGCGCAGCCGGCUCUGGACGGGGCAGCGCCGGGGAUGUGAUGUGCUUGGUUACCGCCUCGUUUCGGAGGCUCCGGUGCACACACAUAAGGAGGCUGAAGUGCCCAGCGGAGCCGCUGUCGCCAUCAUAAUCUCUUUAAUAACAAUCUCCAUUAAAGCACUACACAUUAA